UGGCUCUGGGCCACAUCCAAUCUCAUCAAACUUGUCUCUUCGUCUGUGCACCUCUUUCCAAAUUCACCAUGUCACCCAGCGCUGUUCAAGAACACGUGGACGAUGUCUCAACGUCCACCAAAUCUGUCCCUCAACUCCCCUCAGAAGCCGACUUCUCUACCUUCCGAUCCCUGGUCCCUCUCCUGGCCGACAAGAACCUCACCUACCUCAAUGCCUCCUACCAAACCUCCCUCAAACCUGAUCGUUCACAGUGCCGUCGCCAAGUUCACCUCCGAUGCCCUCUACAAUCCUCACCCAAAGCCUCAAUGGCAAAACGCAGUCGAGGAGACUCGUACCCUAGUCGGUCGCUACAUCAACGCCGAUCCGUCCUCUCUAGCCUUCACCCGCGACACAACAGAGGCCCUAGGUUGCUUCAUCCGAAGCCUCAAGUUCGAACCCGGCGACAACGUCGUCGUCCUGGACACGGAGAACCCAAACCAAGUCUACGGAUGGAUGGCCCUCCGCAAAGCCGGCCUCGAGAUCCGGCAGGUCCCGACCAUACCCGCCGCGGAAGAGACUGGGCACGUCACAGCUGCCAACGCCGCGACCUUCGCGCCCUACGUCGAUGAGCGUACCAAGGCCAUCGGCCUCAGCUCCAUCAUGUUCCACAGCGGCCAGUGGAACGACGUGGCGGACAUCUGCGCAACAUACAGACCUCGCGGUGUCCACGUCCUGGCGGACCUCACGCAGCAGGUCGGCUUCGCAGAGGUGGACGUCCGAGCUCUGGGCGUCUCCGCGGCUGCGUUCAGUCUGCACAAGGGUUUGAACUGCCCGACGGGCUUCGCGGUUCUCUACGUCGAUUCGGAAUUCAUCGCCGACACCGACCCUACUCCACCCAUUGUCGGCUACCGGGCCGUCAGCAACUCG